CCCCGCGACGCGCGCACAAUCGAGCUUCUCCUGACCGCACAGGGCGUCACCUCCUUCGAGCAGCGCGUGCCCCUCUUGCUGCUCGAUUUUGCCUACCGGCACACGUCGUCCAUCCUCUCGGAUGCCUUACACCUCGCAGCAGACCCGUACACGUCGCACGCCGGCGCCCGGCCCAGCGCGGCGUCGGGCGCGGCGCCCGUCAACGUCGGCGAGGCGACCAUCACCAGCAACGCGGUGCAGCUUGCCAUUGCGAGUCGGCUGGGGUUUCAAUUUCGGGGCGGCGGGGGUGGCGGGAUUGGAGGGGGCGGGGGUGGUGGCGCGAGUAAGGACUGGAUGAUGGAGCUGGCGAGGGAGACGAACAAGCAUGCGCUGCCAAGGGUUGCGCCGAGCGAGUGGGGGGUGAGGUUGCCCAGCGAGAGGUUUGUGCUGAGCGGAGUGGCUUGGGGGCUGAGGGAUGUGCUGGCCGGGCAGGAGGGAGAAGAGGAGAGUAGUGAGGAGGAGGAG